ACAAAUCGCAGGGCACUGAUAAGCCCACUGAAAGCAACACGCCACCAAACGAGCGGCAAAGCGCAAAUCCAGUGGAGUUGUUUAAGUCAAUCAGUGUACGAUCAUGGCAGCGAAAGGACGAUUGUCUGGGCGGUGCAUUGUGUCAAUAGCCGCCAUACUGCUCCUUCCGGCAUGUAUCGCACAAUCGUCGAGCACUUCAAGCGACACCGGCACUGAUACGGUACCGCAAAGGUCAAGUGGCUUCGGGUACGAGCUAAUCCGCAAUCAGCUCGAGGAAAUGCAAGAUAGCAUCACACAGCUGCAGCAAACGGCGGAGGGCCGUAAUGCGUGUGCCGGACUGGAAGCCAACAUUGCCACCAUACUGAGGCGGCUCGAAACGAUCGAAAACGGAUUGAAAGCAAUGCCUCAAUCACCAGCCAUUUCCACGCCAGCACGUCCGAUAUACGAUCAAGCACCGCUAACUCCAGCAUACAGUGCACGGCCGUCAAGAGACCGUACCAUCGAUACCGACCGGAUGAAAGCAUUGCAAGAGACAGAUGCUAUGUUUGAAGAACAGCGAUUGCGUGCCAGAGCUCGAGUGAUGGCCAGAACUAUGGCUAAUCAACAAAGGGAACAGUCCGUGUUCGACCGCGUUUACGACUCGUGUGACGAUGUGCCGAGCUCGGGCAUGUGGAAAAUUCGACAAGGUACGCAGAUAGCAAACGUACACUGUAUCAAGUUCUAAACGUCGGCCUUAAUCCAUUCAUUCUACAAAUAAAAAUGGGAAAUAAUGAUCAAAAAUAA